AUGGCGUCCGCCGAGAAAGAGAAGAAAGAGCUCGCCAUCCAGAUAACAUCUCUAGGGACCUCCAGCGGCCAUACCACGCCCACCUGCCCCUCGAGCGGCAAUGUGACGCUGGACGAUGCGGACAAGACCCUAGAAGCCAUGGGAUACAAGCCACGCGAGUUCUCGACAUGGUCCAGCUUCAGCUUCGCCAUGAGCAUCUGUGGCAUCUACAGCUCGCUCAUGUCCACAUGGAUCUACGGGCUCCAAGCCGGUGGUGCCGGCGCCAUCAUGUGGAGCUGGAUCAUUGGCGGUGCCGGUGCGUUGGCGCUGGCCAUCAGCCUUGCUGAGCUCUCGUCGGCCUACCCCAGUGCCGGGGCCAUGUACUCGGUGUUGAAGCAUGUAGCCCCUGAGAGCCAGGGCCCGCUGCUGUGUUGGAUGUCAGGCUAUAUCACCCUCGCUGGUGUGAUUGCAGGGACUGCCAGCACGGAGUACGCAUCAAGCCAGAUGCUGCUGGCCGCCGUGUCGAUCGCGACGGACUUCUCCUACGUCCCCAGCACCGGGCACGUCUUUGCCGUCAUGGUCCUGCUCUCCGUCCUCCACGCCGCCAUCAACAGCCUGCCCACGCGCUGGCUGACGCGGCUGACGAGCGGCUACGUCGUGUUCCACAUGAGCAUCCUGGUCGGCGCCGCCGUCUGCCUGCUGGUCCAGACCAAGGACAAGCACAGCAUCGCGUACGCCUUCACUGACUUCCAGCCCACCUCCGGCUGGACCCCGCCGGCCUUUGCCAUGCUCUUCGGCUGUCUCUCCCCGGCCUGGACCAUGACCAACGCCGAUAGCACCGCCCGAAUCGCCGAAGAAGCCAAAGACCCCGCCCGCGUCAUCCCCCGCGCCAUCGCGCACGCCUCCACCGUCACCUACAUCAUCGGGCUCGCCUUCAACCUGAUCCUAGUCAUCUGCAUGGGCGACCCGCUCUCCCUGAUCAGCUCCCCCAGCGGCCAGCCCGUAGCGCAGCUCUUCUACAACGCUUUGGGGCGCGCCCCCGCCGUCUUCUUCACGCUCGCGGGCUUCGCGGUCAUGAACCUGGUCGCGAUCCCCGGCCUGCAGGGGGGCAGCCGCACGAUUUAUGCUUUUGCGCGCGACGACCUCGUGCCGCUGUCGCGGGUGUGGCGGCGGAUCUCGCCGCGCUCGCAGACGCCCGUGGCGGCGGUGUGGUUGUAUGCGGGGCUGGGGGUCGCGGUGAAUUUGUUGGGGCUGGUCAGCCAUACGGCGAUUAGUGCGGUUUUUAAUGUGUGCACGGUGGCGUUGAAUCUGUCGUAUAUGUUGCCGAUUGUUUGUAAGAUGGUGUAUGGGCGGUUUGAGAGGGGGCCGUGGCAUCUGGGGCGGUGGGGGUUUGUGGUGAAUUUGGUGGCCGUGGUGUGGAAUGUGUUUAUGUCGGUCGUGUUCUUCUUGCCGACGAACAUGCCGGUGACGAGCGAGAAUAUGAACUACGCCAGCGUUGUGUUUGUGUCGGUCCUGCUCUUCUCGGGCGGCUUCUGGUACACCCAUGGUCGGCACUUCUACACGGGGCCAGCGACGAAGAAGGUUUCGGAGACUAUCGUCGUGACAGUCUGA